AUGGCUAAGCGCAAGAGAGAGGAAACCACCAAGGAGCCUCGGGCUUCAGCUCAACCAUCCAAAGCCGUCAAGUCCGCCACUGCCACUCCAAAAGCUUCCGCAUCCUCGACGGCAGAUACUUCGGCGCUCACGCUGCAAAUCAUCACGGGUUCCUAUGAUCGAAUCCUGCAUGGCUUCACGGCUGGAGUCUCGUCCGAUUGCUUUUUGUCUACGGAAUCGAAAGACUCUGCCGCCAAACCGAUACAAUUCACGGAUACGUUCCUCUUCGAGGCUCAUUCGUCCGCCAUCCGAUGCCUGGCCUUGUCUCCUCUGUCGAAGACGGAAUCCACCGACGAGGUGCAGAGGGUCACUUUAGCGACUGGUGGAACCGAUGAGCGCAUUAACCUUUACUCUCUAUCCAUGGCCCCUCCCGCGGUGAACGACCAGUUUCCCUCAAUCCCAACGCUCAGCGGUAACAAGAUCCUCGAGAACCCUAAGAAUCGGGAAUUGGGGUCGCUUGUCCAUCACUCGGCCAGCAUAUCUGCCUUGUAUUUCCCCUCUCGCUCGAAGCUUUUGACUGCUUCCGAGGACAACACCAUCUCCAUCGCCAAGACUCGUGACUUUACCGUGGUGUCUACCAUCAAGGCGCCCCAUCCCAAGGUGCAAGGAAGGCCCAGUGGGGACACUGCUCCGCCCGGAGGCUCGCCUUCGGGUGUCAAUGACUUCGCCGUGCAUCCGAGUAUGAAGCUGAUGCUGAGUGUUGGAAAGGGAGAAAAAUGUAUGCGACUUUGGAACUUGGUGACGGGAAAGAAGGCAGGUGUGUUGAACUUCACCCGGGAGAUGCUACAGGGUGUCAAGGAAGGUAAAUGGAGUACCGGAGAGGGAAGGAAGAUUGUUUGGAACACCAAGGGCGAUGAGUUUGCCGUCGUGUUUGAAUGGGGUGCUAUCGUCUUCGGCAUAGAUUCGAUCCCGGUCUGCAGGGUUAUGCCCAGCCCUCGGAGUAAACUCCAUCAGAUCAAGUAUGUUCCUCUUGAUCCAUCGGUCGAGGACAGUGAAGAGCUGCUCGCCGUCUCGACCGAAGAUGGGAGGGUUACCUUCUACUCCACCAAGAAAACACAGCCCGCCGAGAACGACCCUGACUGCUCGAUUCCGCUUGCCGAGUCUGUCGCUCAACUUGGUGGACGAGCCAACGGCUUCUCGGGGAGAGUCAAGGACUUUGAGAUUCUCAGUCUCCGAGACCAACCAUCGCUGCCCAAGGAUGAUUUCCUUGUAGUGACCGGAAACAGUGAAGGAAUCGUCCGCGUUUGGUUGCUCCGCGGGGAAGAGCUCGUUGGAAAGAAGAUGAACAAGAAGAGCUCAAAGAAAUCCAAGAAGGAGGACGAGAAGAGCUCUACAGUCGCGCAGGUUGGAAAGUUCUUGAGCGAGGUGAAGACGGACAAUCGUAUCACCUGCUUGACAGCGUUUGUCAUGUUGCCUCCCGAGGAUCCGUCGACACUUCAAGUGCCUGAAGAUGAUUCUGAGGAGGAAGAGGAAAGCGACGAUGACUCGGAGAGUGAAGAAAGUGACGAAGAAUAA